UGGUCCCAGCUAUUUGUGUGCUGAGGCAGGAAAAUUGCCUGAACCCAGGAGACCGAGGCUGCAGUGAGUGUGAUUGUGCCACUGGGUGACAGAGUGAGACCCUGUCCCAAAACAUGUGGAGAGAGAAUUCCAAAUCCUCUCUGAACCCGGGCUGAGUCCCUUCGCUGUGAGGUUGGGGAGAUGAGUGGGAGCCCAGCGUCUGGCGCCGAGUGAUGGCAGCCAUUGUGAGUUCCUGGGCUGGGGAAAGGAGGCUCAGUGCCCAAGGACGUGACAGGAUCUGAGGCCCUGGGAAGGAGCAGCGCGGCGACCCCGCAGUAUCCUAGGCGACAGGGUGUGGGCGAGAGGGUGGGGAGUCAAAGGCGGAGUCUCGGGCUCCGGUCUCUUUCUCCGGCUCGGCUGGUCCACCAGCUCCGCGUGGUUCUCACAACCCGCAGCUCAGCUCAGUGAGACCCGGUGGUCCCGAGGCUGCUCCUGGCUGGGGUGGCGCUGCAGGGAGAACCGCGAGCUCUCAGGGGUCGGCUGGUGACUUCUUUCCGGAAGAAAGUGAGGAACGUGCUCUGCGGGAAAAACUGGACUCCGCAAAAUUCCAAGGAUCAGCCCAGGACUGAGAGCCCCGAAGUCCCCAGCCACAAGUGAGCGGUCCCAAAAGGACAAAUCCAGGUCGCCAUCCGGAGCGCCAUGGCCGCGCCCGCCCUUCGUUUGUGCCAUAUCACCUUCCACGUGCCCGCGGGGCAGCCCCUCGCCCGAGACCUGCAGCGUCUCUUCAGCUUCCAGCCCCUGGCUUUGCGGGAGGCCGACGGCUGGCGUCAGCAGGCUCUGCGCAGCGGCGACGCGGUCUUUUUGGUGAACGAGGGUGCGGGGCCAGGAGAGCCACUGUACGGCCUGGACCCGCGUCAUGCUGUGCCCAGCGCCACGAACCUGUGCUUCGACGUGGCGGACGCCAGCGCCGCAGCCCGGGAGCUGGCAGCGCUGGGCUGCAGCGUGCCCGUUCCUCCGGUUCGCGUGCGGGACGCGCAGGGUGCCGCCACCUACGCAGUGGUCAACUCACCCGCCGGCAACCUCAGUCUGACCUUGUUGGAGCGCGCCGGCUACCGCGGACCCUUCCUGCCCGGCUUCAGGCCCGUUCUCUCUGCGUCUGGCCCCGGGUGGGUCAGCCACGUGGACCACCUGACCUUGGCCUGCACCCCCGGCAGCUCUCCCACACUUCUGCGCUGGUUCCAUGACUGCCUGGGCUUUUGCCACUUGCCACUGAGCCCAGGUGAGGAUCCCGAGUUGGGCCUCGAAAUAGCAGCAGGGUUUGGGCUCGGGGGACUGAGGCUCACAGCCCUGCAGGCCCAGGCGGGCAGCGUUGUCCCUACUCUCGUGCUGGCUGAGCCCCUGCCAAGGGCCACGGCAGGACAGGACCAGGUGGAGCAGUUCCUGGCUCGGCACAAGGGGCCAGGGCUUCAGCACGUGGGGUUGUAUACGCCUAACAUCUUGGAGGCCACUGAAGGGGUGGCAACUGCUGGAGGCCAGUUCCUGACUCCCCCUGGCACAUACUACCAGCAGCCAGGAAAGGAAAGGCAGAUCCGAGCUGCAGGGCACCAGCCUCAUCUACUUGCCCGGCAGGGGAUCCUGCUAGAUGGUGAUAAAGGCAAGUUUCUGCUUCAGGUCUUCACCAAGUCCCUUUUUACUGAGGACACUUUCUUUCUGGAGCUGAUUCAGAGGCAGGGAGCCACUGGCUUUGGUCAGGGCAACAUCAGAGCCCUGUGGCAGUCUGUACAGGAGCAAGCUGCCUGGAGCCAGGAAGCCUAAGGAGGCCCAAAGCUGGCUGCAGCCAGCUGUCCUGCGCUCUGGGGAAGUCAACACAGAACUUAACAUCCACAGGAGGCCCAACUAGUGAAAAGCUCUGCCUCCCGAGGACACGUAUGACUUCCAUCUCAUCAGUACCUGCCAGAAGCUGUGUCUCUCACUGGGCUCCAAAGAGGUGGGACUUUUAAAAACUAAAACAUUUUUAUAUACAGUCUAUAAUAAAUAUGCAAGAUACAAAGAACAAUAAAAUAAUUACACAACUAGAAAACAGAA